AUGGUAUCUAUUGGAACUCGCUCCCCCGUUUACGGACGUCAUGGCAUGGUGUCGUGCUCGCAGCCUCUGGCGUCUGAGGCCGGGCUGCGCAUCUUAAAGCAAGGCGGCAACGCCGUGGACGCCGCCAUUGCCAUCGCUGCGGCUCUGAACGUCACGGAGCCUUGUUCCACUGGCGUAGGAGGCGACUGUUUCCUGCUCUUCUAUGACGCAAAGUCCAAGCAAGUUCGAGGACUCAACGGAAGCGGUCGCAGUCCCGCAGCUCUCACAGCGGAGCAGGCGAUCAAAGAUCUGGGGGAGGACGUUACAGUGAUCCCCGGUGGCCACGGCCACGCUGUCACAGUCCCCGGGACAGUUGCAGGCUGGGUCGAUGCGGUGGAAGCCUGGGGUUCUCUGACCAUGGCGGAAAUUCUGGGUCCUGCCAUUGAAUUGGCCCGUGAAGGGUUUCCUGUAAGUCCGCUGACUGCGGCGAGUUGGGAGCGUGGCAAGAGUCAAUUGCUGCGUGGUCCAAACGCUGCUGAGCUGCUGAAUGCUGAGGGGCAAGCGCCGAAAGCUGGGGAGAUUUUCAAGAACGAAAAUCUGGCGAAAUGUUUCGAAGAAGUGGUAAAGAGUGGCAAGAAAGCCUUCUAUGCGGAUGGACGCAUCGCUCAAGCCAUCGUGGACAUGGUGAGGGAGAAAGGGGGCGUGAUGACGUUGGAGGACCUUCAAACGCACCAAUCCACGUUCGUGACGCCCAUCAGCACGAGAUUCCAAGGCGUCGACGUGCACGAGAUCCCUCCUAAUGGUCAGGGGAUUACGGCGUUGUUAGCGUUAAAUAUCCUAACGCAACUUACAAAAGAAGGAGGUCUGCCACCUCAGGGUAGUGCCGACUUUGUGCACUUACAGAUUGAAGCUCUUCGUCUUGCCUUCGUAGACGCCAAGUGGUUCGUUAGUGACAUGGAGCACAACACGGCGCUGCCUGUAAAGGAACUACUAAGUGAAAACUACGCUAAAAAGCGUGCAACUCUUAUAGAUCGAACGAAGGCCGCGAUCGAUCCGAAGCACGGAAGUCCGGAGCUGAGCUGCGACACUGUGAGUUUCCAGGUCAUUGACGGUCAGGGCAACGCUGUAUCCAUGGUGAACAGCAACUAUGAAGGAUUCGGAACGGGUCUUGUACCCAAAGGUUGUGGGUUCACACUGCAGAAUCGGGGCUGUAACUUUGAGCUGCACGGGUCCAAAGUGGGUCAUCCGAAUGCUCUGGCGCCGAGCAAACGUCCGUACCACACGAUCAUCCCUGGCCUUUCAACGUUUGCUGACUCGGGAGAGUUGCAUUCCAGUUUUACCGUCAUGGGCGGCUUCAUGCAGCCUCAGGGCCACGUCCAGGUGCUGAGCAACAUGCUGUUGCAUGGGAUGAACCCACAGGAGGCGCUUGACGCCCCACGUUUCAGUAUUGACGUGGACCGCCCUACGAAACCUGGUAGAAGCGAUGGCGGUAGUUCAGUACUGGUAGAAACAGAUCUGGGCGACGCUGUGAUUGCUGCGCUUCGUGAGAAGUUCGGCCACAAUAUUCAAGAGGUGGAAGGAUUCAAGCGCACGACGUUCGGUCGCGGACAGAUUAUUCUGCGUGACCCAACGACUGGGGUGCUCUGUGCUGGCUCGGAUGGGCGUGCCGACGGCUGCGCCAUGGGCUGGUAA